AUAUAUCAAUUGAUUGGUUAAAUGAAUGUCAUAUUUUGAAUUGGACAGUUGACUGUCCAAACCAAACUUGUCAUUAAUAGCAAUAAUAAAGAUAAUAAACAACAAAAUAAUUUUCCUCUCAAUGAAUAAUUCGCAAAAAACUGCUUAAGUUCAACAUACGUUAUUACGAAACAUCAUUAGAGCGCUUGUCGUGCAACAAGUUAUAUAAUCUGAAGAAUAUGUGUUCAAGUAUACCCACAAUAAUACCUUUACCAAUACCUGAACAAGAGCUUAAAGAACUUGUCAGUAAAGGAAAAGAUUGGGCAAUUAUGCAUGGAGUUUCAAUGAGAACGAAAGAACAAUUUUCCGAAGACACCAUCACGUUUGCUCCCUUUGUUUUGUUUCCUUCUACAAUGCCAAAGAAAGAUUUUCAACAUGCCGUUGAACUGCAGACUAUUUUUCAAGAAUUAUUCCACAAAGUUGCUUACGAUCGAGAAUUUUUGAAGAUGUGUUUAGAAAAUAUUGUUCAGGUUGACGAAUUUACUGCAAAAUUGUUCGAAAUAUAUGAAACUACAGAAAAAGAAGGAGUUUCACAAUCAAUAGGAUUGGGCCUAUUUCGAUGCGAUUAUAUGUUACAAUGCAAUGAUAAACGAAAAGAUGGUAGUGAUGACUUUUAUCCAUUUUGUAAUUGGAAACUUAUUGAAAUAAAUACUAUAGCAGCUGGAUUUGGAUGGCUAGGUCCUGCUUCCGGUUUAUUACAUAGGUAUAUUCUACAAGAAAUGAAUCAACUUGAUAACAUAAAAAACCUUCCAGUGAACAACGCUCUAACUGGGCUGUGUGGAGGAAUUUUGGAAGCGUGGGAACUUUAUGGUAAUUCAUCAGCUGUCAUUCUGAUUUUAGUUGAAGAUAUAACGUACAACAUCAGCGAUCAAAAAUUUCAUGAAUAUACCCUCAAAGAAAUGAAUCCGAGUAUAAGAAUUAUAAGAAGAAACUUAACACAGAUAUACUAUAAUGGAGAGCUGAAUGAAGAAAACGAAUUGAUAAUAGAUAACAAUAUAGUUGGGGUGGUUUACUUCAGAACUGGUUACGAACCUUCGCAGUAUCCAACGGAAAAUGAAUGGUCUGCUAGGCUGUUACUCGAAAGAUCGAAAGCUAUAAAAUGUCCGAAUCUACAAUAUCACCUUGCGGGAACAAAAAAGGUUCAACAAGAACUCUCGAAACCCGGUGCAAUUGAAAGAUUUAUUAACGAUGAAAAGAAAGUGAAAUUGAUCAGGAACGUAUUUGUUAAUAUAUAUGGAUUGGAAUUUGAUGAAAGUGGCGAAGAGGCUGUGAGAUUGGCAUUAGAAGAUCCAGAGAGGUAUAUUUUGAAACCCCAGAGAGAAGGCGGUGGUCACAAUAUAUAUGGUAAAAGAAUAAGGCAGUAUAUAGACAAACUUAAAAAUACUAAAGAAAGGAUAGCAUGGAUAUUGAUGGAGAAAAUAUUUCCGCCUAUUAUCAAAGGUUAUAUGAUUCGGCCUGGAACUGAACAUCCACCGCCAAUUACAGAUAUGGUGUCUGAGUUGGGAAUAUUUGGUGUAAUUAUGGGGGAUUCAACAAGGAUAAUUUCUAAUAGACAAGUAGGUCACAUGUUACGGACAAAAGUGGAAUCUGCUGAUGAAGGGGGCGUUGCAGCUGGCCUAGGAGCAUUAGACAGUCCCUAUCUAAUAGAUUAACUAUAUUUUCACAUCCAAUCCUUUUUUAAGUCUAUAAUUAGUGACUAUACCUUACGUAUAUCUGUACAUCAACUAAAUAAACACAUUAUUACAACAAA